AUGUCUUCCUCGUCAAAUGAUGAAGUAGAUGAAAUUCUAAAUGAAGCUUUUGAAGAAAUUGUGGAUCAACAUGUUGAUAAUUUCAUCGACUCAAUUAUUAAUGUUCAAGCCAACAACCGGACAAGACGAGCUUAUAUCGAAAGAGAUCGAGAGCAAGGACAUAAUCAGCUUUGGGACGACUAUUUUAGUGAUCAUCCUACAUAUUCAGCAGACAUGUUUAGGCGGCGUUUUCGAAUGAACAAGCCAUUGUUCCUUCGCAUUGUCGAUCGCCUAAGUAAUGAAGUUCCAUACUUUCAGCAAAGAAGAAAUGCUCACGGAAGGUACGGGCUAUCUGCACUUCAAAAAUGUACAGCAGCUAUGCGUAUACUGGCAUAUGGUCAAUCGGGAGAUACGUAUGACGAAUAUCUCCGACUUGGUGAGAGUACAUCACGUUUAUGUUUGGAAAAUUUCACUAAUGGAAUAAUACAAUUGUUUGGAGAUGAGUAUCUAAGAAGCCCUACACCGGAGGAUCUUCAACGAUUACUCGAUCUUGGAGAGGCACGCGGGUUUCCAAGUAUGAUAGGCUCGAUCGACUGUAUGCAUUGGGAGUGGAAAAACUGCCCAACGACUUGGAAAGGCCAGUACACACGUGGUUCAGGGAAGCCGACAAUUGUCUUAGAAGCUGUGGCAUCACAUGAUCUUUAG